UUACUUCGGUUUUUUUAAAGGGCGAGGUACGCUUGGUGGUCAGUUGAACUAAUUCAGCAUGGGAGCCGUUCUUGCUCCGUUUGCCGUGAGCCAACUAGCAUGUUGCUGUGGCAGCGCAGCGUGUAGCCUUUGCUGCGCGGUGUGUCCAUCGUGUUCCAAUUCAACGUCUACACGAAUGAUGUAUUCCUUGAUGCUGGUUGUUGUGACGAUCGUCUGCUGUAUCAUGAUGGCACCAGGACUCCAAGAUGAUUUGAAAAAGCUUCCGUUUUGUAAAGAUGGAUCGGACAGCAUUAUAUCUGAAAUCACUGGAAAAACAAAAUUGGACUGUGAUGGCGUGGUUGGAUAUAUAGCUGUUUAUCGCGUGUGUUUCGUGCUCACGUUAUUCUUCUCUGCAAUGGCCGUUAUGAUGAUAAACGUCAGGUCAUCUCGUGACGGAAGAGCUGCAAUCCAAAAUGGGUUUUGGGGCUUGAAAUACUUGCUGGUUAUACUAGGAGUUGUUGGCGCCUUCUUCAUACCCGAAACUGGCUUCGGAAUCUCGUGGAUGUAUAUCGGAAUGGUUGGAGGAUUCCUGUUCAUCUUAAUCCAGCUCGUGCUGAUCAUCGACUUCGCCGACAAAUGGGCUGAAAAUUGGAUUGAAAAGUUUGAGGAAACCUCAUCGAAAGCUUGGACGUUCGCGCUGAUGGGAGCAACGGUGCUGCAGUACGCUUCGGCCUUAACGGCCAUUGUUUUAUUUUACGUAUAUUAUACAACGCCUGAAGGAUGCCAUCUGAACAAGUUCUUCAUAUCAUUCAAUAUGAUCCUUUGUGUUGUUAUGAGCCUCAUAUCUGUGAACAAGUUCGUGCAAGAGAAAAAGCCUGGCUCUGGUCUUCUGCAGUCUUCAUUUGUUUCCCUCUAUGUCAUGUAUCUUACUUGGUCUGCUAUGUCUAAUAGCCCCGAAUGCGAAUGUAAGCUGAACUUUUCUGCACUGAUCAACGGAGAGACCGCGAAAUGUGACAGCAAGAACUUCGACACUCAGAGCAUUAUUGCUUUGGUGAUCUGGUUCUUGUGCGUCUUAUGGUCAAGCAUUCGUAACUCGACUGCUUCUCAAGCGGCUAAGCUCGGCGUAGGAUCAAUCAUUACGAAAGAUGAUGGAGAAAGUGGUGGUGGUGGAAAACAAGAAGGUCAACAAGUAUAUGACGAUGAAGAGGAGGGCACUUCUUAUCCUUGGUCCAUGUUUCAUGUAAUGUUCGCAUUGUCUACCUUGUACGUCAUGAUGACCCUGACCAAUUGGUACUCGAAGAAAAAGAUGGUUUUGAAUCAAGCUUUGCGUUUGGGCUCACGAACCCCUUUAAGUUUUCGAAAAUGUGUUCGCUGUUCGUCAACUUUUGUUGCUUCCGGGACGAGAUUAGUGUAUGAUGCUACCGGAGAACCUGGAAGUGUGCUGAAGAUGGACAAAUUUGAUGUCGAUGUUCCUGGAGAUCAUGAGGUUGUGGUUGAAACUUUGGCAUCACCCAUUAACCCGGCGGACAUCAAUACUAUUCAAGGCGUUUACGCAGUGAAACCCCCACUUCCUGCGAUUCCUGGUUCAGAAGCAGUAGCUCGUGUAAUUUCUUGCGGUCCUCGGAUAACGUCUCUCACUUCCGGAGAUAUUGUCAUCACUCGCAAAACGGGGUUGGGCACGUGGACAUCUCACAUUCGGGCGGAUGCGAACGCGUUUCAUAAGAUUCCGCAAGACCUGGACUUGGUUUCCGCGGCCACCUUGAGCGUGAAUCCCUGCACGGCUUAUCGGAUGCUUGUGGAUUUCUCUCCUCUAAGGCCAGGUGAUGUUGUGUUGCAAAAUGGCGCCAACAGCGCCGUUGGAGAGGCAGUGAUCCAGGUGGCCAAGGCAUUGGGCUUGAAGACUGCAAACAUCGUUAGAGACCGACCGGAUUUUGACGAAGUGGACAGAAGACUGCGAGCAUUGGGAGCUGAUUUUGUUGUGAAAGAUCAUGACGAAGAUUUGAAGUUCUUAUCAGGACAACUGAAGACAAACCCUCCUCGCCUUGGCUUGAACUGUGUCGCAGGAAAAUCAGGAAUUUCCAUGAUGAAAAUGAUGGCCCAUGGUUCCAGCCUCGUGCUGUAUGGCGGAAUGUCUCGUCAGCCACUUUCCGUCCCUGUGUCUUUCCUCAUCUUCAACGACGUGAAUGUUCAUGGUUUCUGGAUGACGCGUUGGAAAGCCGAGAACGACCGAAUGAUGAAAGAACGCGGCGACGACGGCGGCGAAUUUGACAAAAUGAUGACCUUUUUGUGCAAUUUAGUGCGGCAAGGUCGGCUCGAGCCGCCCCCACACACAUUGUUCGAUCUGACAGACUUCGUAAAAGCCGUCGACGCUGCCAUGCCGGCUGGUGGACGCGGCGGAAAGAAAAGCAUUUUUAAAUUUCGGACUGCGUGAAAUCUUCUGAAGCUUUAUGGUGCGAAAAGUUGAAGGCUUUAGAUGGCAAUUUUAUUGUGCGUGGAGCGGUGGCAGUUUAGAGGGUAUCGCGAAGGGCGGGGGUUUGGUUUCGCAGUUCCGGGAAUCCUUCCAGUGGUUUCAAUUUUUUUGGGCGAUUUACACUGAAAUGCAAUGCGAAUUUCAUUGGGUGUUGAUCGUUUUUGUUGUUGUUGUAUGUCGCGUACAUUUGAGGAAGCA